GGGGGCGGAGGUAGAACGGAGGGGCCGUUCCAGGAGCCGGCCGAGGAUGGCGGCGGCUGCGUCUCCGGCUCGGGAGCUGACGCAGAACCCGCUGCAGAAGACGUGGGAGCCGUACGACAACGGGCUGCCGGCGGGGCACAGCGCGCAGCGCGGCGUAUGUAUGACCAACUGCCCUACACUGAUUGUCAUGGUGGGUCUGCCAGCAAGAGGAAAAACCUACAUCUCAAAAAAGCUGACACGCUAUUUAAAUUGGAUUGGAGUGCCUACGAAAGAAUUCAAUGUUGGCCAGUAUCGUCGAGAUCUGGUGAAGAAGUAUAAAUCUUUUGAAUUCUUCCUGCCUGACAAUGAAGAAGGGUUGAAAAUCAGGAAACAGUGUGCCUUAGCGGCGCUGAACGACGUCCGGCAGUACCUCAGCGAAGAGAACGGGCACGUGGCUGUCUUUGAUGCUACGAACACAACUCGAGAACGCAGAGAAACCAUUUACAAAUUCGGUGAAGAAAAUGGAUACAAGACGUUUUUUGUUGAGUCAGUGUGUGUCGAUCCAGAGGUCAUUGCUGCAAACAUUGUGCAAGUGAAGCUGGGUAGUCCUGACUACGUUGAUUGUAGUAACGAUGAAGCAACAGAAGACUUCAUGAAAAGAAUAGAGUGCUACAAGAACUCUUAUGAGACAUUAGAUGAAAAUCUUGACAAGGAUCUUUCCUACAUUAAAAUUAUGGAUGUUGGAAGGAGUUACCUUGUGAACAGAGUCAUGGAUCACAUCCAGAGCCGAAUUGUCUACUACCUCAUGAAUAUCCACGUGACUCCUCGGUCGAUCUACCUCUGUCGACAUGGAGAAAGUGAACUCAACCUGAAGGGGAGAAUAGGAGGGGAUCCUGGACUGUCUGUCAGGGGGAAAGAAUUUGCCAAGAGCUUGGCACAGUUUAUUAAUGAGCAAAACAUCAAGGAUCUGAAGGUUUGGACCAGUCAGAUGAAAAGGACGAUUCAAACUGCUGAAGCUUUGGGAGUGCCUUAUGAGCAGUGGAAGGUUUUGAAUGAGAUAGAUGCAGGAGUGUGUGAAGAAAUGACAUAUGAAGAAAUACAGGAAAAUUACCCUCUUGAGUUUGCACUGAGAGACCAAGACAAAUACAGAUACAGAUACCCUAAAGGAGAGUCCUACGAAGACCUUGUCCAGAGGCUGGAGCCAGUAAUUAUGGAGCUGGAAAGGCAGGAAAACGUGCUUGUCAUUUGUCACCAAGCUGUCAUGCGCUGUUUGCUCGCAUAUUUUCUUGACAAGCCUGCAGAACAACUGCCUUACCUGAAGUGCCCACUGCACACUGUCUUAAAGCUAACCCCAGUGGCUUAUGGAUGUAAAGUAGAAUCUAUAUUUCUGAAUGUUGAAGCUGUAAACACACACAGAGAUAAACCUGAGAAUGUAGGUGUGGACCGGUCGAGAGAAGAAGCCUUGAGGACGGUACCCAACCACCUAUAGCUGCAGCUCCGAGGCAGCAGCCCUUCCUGCAGCACCUGAGCACGGAGCAGCAGCUCGGGCCUUGAGAACGGUGACGGCGCCGCUGGGCGGCAGGCAGAGCGCAGCUCCCCUCCGCCGUCAGACAUUGCCAGUGUGAUUCGGCUGCUUUGGAGAACAGCUGUAGUCGUGGUUAACUCCUGGUAGUGGAAAAAAGAAAUCCGUGCUGACGGAGUCCAGUUGGUUUUAGACUUCUGUACGUAAAGUUGUGCUGUUUCAGUGGCUUUUAGUGUUCAUCUGUGGAUACUGCGAGAUGGUUAACUGCCCGUGUCAAUUUUACUGUCAGAUUUUACUAGACCUUACUUUCUUUAAGUGUUUUUCUAAGAAUUUCUCUUAUUUCCACUGUGAAUCAUUGCCUAGAAUUACAGAGAGGCUUAUUUAACAGACAGAAUCCUGCAUUUAGAGCAUUGGAGGCUUCGUGUUGCAAAACUACUUUCAAUGAGAAAGCUCAUCAGCUGUACUAGCUUCUGUCUCACCAUGACCUUGGGUUUGCCCCAAAACACUUAAACUGUUAAGAGAGGGGGAGACUUUCCCCUUGGGAAACAAAACAGUUGCAAUGAGUUUCACCACCUGGUAGAUGCUGCUGCUUGAAUGGGGUUGUAGCAUUUCCCGGGGGGGGCAGCAGGCUGGGCAAUGAGAGCAGGCAGAGCAGUGCCCUGCCGUGUGCUCGGCUGCACGAGGGCCUGGCAGCUGUUUGACUGUGAGCUGGGGAAGGGCUCGGGAUGCAGAGGCUGGAGGAGCUGCUGUUCUUUUUAGCGCUGUGAUUUGGAGGUAAUUUUGGGAUGAAUUUCAACAUGUAUGUUUAUCUUUACGGCCACAUCUAACACACGCAUCAGGAAACAGUACAGAAAGGUUAGGUGGCAUUUCACCUUUCUUAUAGCUCAUGCAAGAAAACAUCAGGUAAACCGUGAACCUUUUUUUGUCGCAUGGCCUGCAUGUUUUUUGAUUUGUUUUUAAGCAACCUCUCACUGCCCAAAUUCUUCACUGCUGUUCUGUAGUUCUCUGUGAAACUCAGAGAAACAAAUGGGCUUCUCUAUGUCUGUUGAGGGAACGACCUCCUGAGCACUAACCUGCGUGUGUUCGGUGUGUUACCACAGCUGAAGUGAGCUGCCAGCUGUGCUGGCUUCCUCCUGGGAGGGAGGACUUCUUGAGUUGGAGGCCUUUGUGUUGAUGGACGGUGCUUUGGGUUUGUUUCGGUUGGUUGUUUGGUUGUUUGUUAAAUUUUUAUUCUUAAGGACUUGAAGUGGCCGAACCUUUACCACGUACCAUUGUUGACUUAAAAACAGAACGCAACAGAACUUUGUUCAGUUCCUGUAUGAAAUACUGGGUCCUCAUAACAUCGCUUUGCAGGCUGGGGAUGCACUGUCUUCUGUUCAUGCAGGAUUUAUAAGACAAUGUGCUGCAGUCGUGGUUUGUUUUAAUAAGCCAAUGUCAGCGAGCUGCUCCGUGCUGGAAGUAAGCCAUAUCACCUCGCUGGGUUCCACUACAGGAGAGGAGAGAGGAGGGCACGAAGUGACCAGGACCACUUGCCGUGAGCGCUGCUGGCUCGAGCUGUGUGUGUGUGUGACCCAUUAACUCAGCACUGUGUGCCUCAGCCCCUUCUUCAUUCAGCUGUGUUCGUAGCUAUUUGUGAGCAGAGCCCACGCGCUGCUGCUCCGCAUACUUAAUUUAUUGGUGCAUAGUAACCAAGGCCAUCUUUGUGAGAAACGCACAGAACACUUUCCCCCCUCUGAUUUUGUGUUCUUUGCUUGGGAAGGCAGGGCUGUUCUCCUCCAGACCUCUGCUGUGACUGGCAGCCAUUCCACAGCUCCUCCACUGAGACGUGUGCCCCUGGGUAGAGGGGCUGGGGAAGCAGGGGAGCACACCUCCAAGGAGCGGGAUGGAAGGAGAGGUUUCCCCUAGCAGGAGGUGAGCUGGAGGCUGCUCUUUCCUCCCCUUCUCUGUUUGACCUCUCUGCCCUUUCAGAGGUGCUGUAGAAUUCCUCAAGGCUAAAUGUUUUACGUACAGUAGGUAUUCUUAUAGCCUGCUUUUGAAUAUACUGUGAGUGUUCUACUGAGUGUUGAGUUAAAAAAAAUAAAAAAUAAAAAAAAAGGUU